AUGUCUCAAACAAAGACCCCCCAUGACUUGAACUGCCUCACAAUCAGCGAACUCGAAAAGCUCGCCGCAGAGCGCAUGGACAAGCAAACCCGCGACUACUACAAUGAAGGCGCAGACUCUGGCUCCACCCUUCUCGAGAACAUCACCGCAUACCAGAAAUACCGCAUCCGACCACGCGUGCUCCGCGACAUCUCUUCCAUCGACACGACCGUAAAUGUCUUCGGACAUAAGAACAGCUUUCCCCUCGGCGUCGCGCCAACCGCAAUGCAAUGUCUUGCGCACGGCGACGGCGAACUGGCGACUGCGCGCGCGUGCAAGAACAUGGACAUCGUGAUGGGCUUGAGCAGUUUCAGCACGACAAGUCUGGAAGACGUCAAGGGAGCAUUAGGCGAACACCCAGGGGCCUUACAACUCUACCUUUUUGAAGACCGCGCGAAGAGCCAGAAGCUCAUCCAACGCGCGAAGAAAGCAGGCUACAAAGCCGUCAUGCUAACCGUUGACACCCCCGUCCUCGGUCGCCGGAAUCUAGAAAUCAGGAACCAGUUCAAACUGCCCAAACACCUCAAAGUCGCAAACUUCAACCAGGAGAACGAAGAUGACGACACACCGGUAAAAGAAGAAGAAGACAAGACCACCUCUGCAACAGCCGAAGCAAACGAGGCGCGAAAACGAAGUGAGCGACAACCGCCCAGCGGCCCAAUAACAUUCCACACGCACGCCCCCAACCCCACCCUCUGCUGGGAACGCGACAUAGCCUGGCUGAAAGAACAAUGCCACCCAGAAAUGCAAGUCUGGGUAAAAGGCGUCGCAACAGGCGAAGACGCACUCCUCGCCGUGCACCACGGCGUCGACGGCAUCGUCGUCUCCAACCACGGUGGCCGCCAGCUAAACGGCGCGCUAGCCACCAUCGAUGCGCUGCCUGAAGUCGUCGCCGCUGUUCGUUCACAGACUGGGACCUCUGGCAAGAAGAUUCCUGUGCAUGUUGAUGGCGGGAUUAGGCACGGGACAGAUGUCUUCAAGGCGUUGGCGCUGGGAGCGGAUUUCGUGUGGGUGGGACGGCCGGUUCUCUGGGGCUUGGCGUACAAGGGGCAGGAAGGUGUGGAGCUGGCGUUGAGGUUGCUUGGUGAUGAAUUUAGAUUGUGUAUGGGACUUGCGGGUGUGACGAGAGUUGAAGAUAUCGGGCACGAGUAUCUGGUCAAGAUGGAUAGGAGUGGAUUCGUUAGUCGGCUUUAA